AUGGCAUGCUUUAUUAGCACUUUUGUCUUUUGCUUCUCUGCAUUUUUAAUGGAGGCGCACGGCACUUAUGGCCCUUACACACGGAACAAUUACCAGAAUCAGCUGUACGCGGACAGGUUUCCUGUUCACCGGCAGAGAUCGCAUUUCACCCCCAGUAUACCUGGACAGGGCAACUCCAACUUUGGAGCUCAUGGCUUUAAUCACAGGUUUUAUGGCUAUCAUCAUCAUCAUCAUCAUCACCACCCUCAUCAUCAGCAGCAGCCACACUUGAAGGGGCCUCUGUCUCCUUUUAACUACCACCAUCCUGUAUUAUCUGUCCGACCGUUCUUACCCAUCCAACCUGUUGUGCCCACACCACCCAGAAUGCCAGUGGUGUCACCUGCCCCAACAGUGCCCAUGCCACUCACCACGGUAGCCACUCUACCCCCACUACCUCCAACACAGACUACAACACCUCCAUUACAGACUACUACCACUCCACAGCCGGUCAGUACCCCCCAUGGCACAACUGCCCCUGCCGAACCUCCCACUGACCCAGCUCCUGCAGAGCUUUGCAAGAGCCGCCCACUGGACUUGGUCUUCAUCAUUGACAGUUCUCGUAGUGUACGUCCUGCGGAGUUUGAGAAGGUCAAAAUCUUCCUCUCUGAAAUGGUCAACUCUCUGGAGAUCGGAUCAGAUGCCACACGGGUUGCCCUGGUCAACUACGCCAGCACCGUCAACAUAGAAUUCCUCCUGAAAAGGUACAUCAGCAAAGCUGAGGUCAAGCAGGCUAUCUCCUGUAUUGAUCCGCUCUCAACAGGAACCAUGACUGGCCUGGCCAUCAAGACCGCCAUGGAGCAGGUUUUUACAGAGGAUGCUGGGGCCCGGCCACAAAAAAAGAACAUCUCUAAGGUGGCCAUCAUUGUGACCGAUGGAAGACCGCAGGAUAAAGUUGAAGAGGUGGCCGCAGCAGCAAGGGCAUCUGGGAUCGAAAUAUACGCCAUUGGAGUGGACAGAGCAGACAUGCGGUCUCUUAAACUGAUGGCUAGCCAGCCUUUGGAUGAGCAUGUGUUCUAUGUGGAGACUUACGGUGUGAUUGAAAAACUCACAUCCAAGUUCAGGGAGACACUCUGUGGUUUCGACGUUUGUGCGACUGGGCACAACUGCGAACAUAUUUGUGUCAACAACAAUGGUUCUUAUUACUGCAAGUGCAGGGAAGGAUAUGUCCUCAACUCUGAUGAGAAAACAUGCUCUAAGCAGGCCAAUGAAGAGGCAAGAGGAAAUCUGUCUGAGAAUGCCUGCAUGUGUGAGGCUCAGAUCGCAUUUCAGAAGAGGGUUCACAACAGCAUUCAGGAGCUCAACAGCAGACUAGAUGACAUCACAAACAGAGUGCAGCAGUUUGAUCUCCGCCGGGUCUAAAGUGGAGGAUGAGACUCAUAACAGUCUACUUAAUACACACACACACACACACACACACACACACACACACACACAGACAGACAGACACAGUGUAUAUAUACAUAUAAAGAAACUGUCUUUAAUCUCACUUAAGCUGCCUGCAAUGUAUCCAGAUCAUUUGUCAUUUGCGGCCUUGUGACACUUGCCUUUCUGUUAAUUUUUAAUCUAUUGACUACAUCUUAUUUUUACUAUAUUGUGCUUGCAAUUUUAUUACAUUUUAUUAUGUACUAUUUCUGAUCUAUCAACAAGUAUAUGUAGUUGACUUUGUUGGCACUUGCACUCUCAUUAAAAACUAUUGCCUUUCAGGGUUAGUGUGACCGUAGGUAUGAAUUUGAAGAGUGAAGACUGUGAAAGCAGUGUAAAAGUGUUAAAUGUUCUGCUGAGCAAAUAUCCUUUUAUGUUGGAAUAAAAUAGGAGACAAAUACAUGCAACCUUGACAAUGCUCAUUUUAUACAGAAUGUAUUAUGUAAAAUACUGUAUAUGCACAUCAUUUUUUUUGUUAUU